GGGCUGUGAAUGGUUGUCGCCGUAUGUGGGUGAGACAAUGGAUGUGGAGUGGUGGUUGUCUUGGAGGAGUAAGACAAGACAAGUCGAGGCGGGAUAAAGAAAAGGAAAGAAAGGAGGGAGGUGGAUGGAUAGUUUGUGGAGGGGAGAGACAAAGAUGAGUCUGUUUAGAGGAGGAGGUCGAAGAAAGAAAGAAAGAAACCAGAGGAGGAAGAGUAAGAGAAAGGAAGUGGAGGAGGAGAGGCAAGAGGGAGGAUAUGAAGAUUUGGGAAUUAAGGUGGAGACACUUUUGGCGGGACGGAUGGGUAUGGAUGGGAUGGAUGGGAUGGAAGGAGCUAAUGGCUGUUAUGAUUACCGAUGCAGAAGGCAAGAGCGACUAGUGCGAAGUAGCAGUGAAGUGUAGCAAAUGCAGCUACAACUUUGCAGCUAUGCAGGCAAGAGCGAUACAGUACGAGUAGAUGGAGAGAGCAACUGCACAACUGCAGGCAAGAAC